AAUGAACUCAAAAUCACGAGCAAAAGCUGCAGGAAAUUAUCAGAGCACAACGUUGACUUCGUUCGGACCUGCUAGAAAGAUACAGGAAAUUAUUUCUCACAUUCUGACCGAUACAAUGCUUUCCCCACUCGAAGAUAAAUUCAAAUUGGAAGUUAGAGAAUCUAAUAAUUCAACACCACAGAUUAUUCCUUUCGGAAAGAGAGGAACCGUUUCGAACAAGAAUCAUAUCAGUCGAGUGUUUUUUGAGCAACAUGUGGUGUGGGAAAAAUCAGUGCAGAAUGAUGCUGUGAGUGAUGCUGCUUCGAUGGCUCUAUUGAUCAUGUUGAAUAGUGGACAAAUUACAAUACCCACACAUCCGAAUACGAUUGUGGAUGCUCAUCAGGCAGAAGAUCCAGUGGCACUCUCUGCAUUUGUUAAACAAUUUUUAAUUGAUGGAUAUUUGGUGAUUGAGGCAAGUGCACUCAAGACGACUAGUGCAACAUUCCACAAAUCCAUGUUCGAGUUGGGACGUUCUGUGAGGAAUCAUCUCACUACUAAGGUACCACAAAUUGCUCAUGUAUUUUCUGAUAUGACUUUGAAGAGAGUAUUGACUAGAUUGGUCGGUAUUGAUUAUAGAACUUUGGAUACUACUCAUAUGCAUUUAUCUCAGAGAGGAAGAGCUGAUCAACAUUUUCAUAAGGAUGAUUUCGAGGAUUAUGAACGUCCGUCGGUUGAACCUUCCAAACAUUUGGAUGAAAUAAUGGCCAUGUAUUAUCCACAAGAUACAAUUUUGGAGAUGGGACCAACAAGUAUUAGAAGAGGAACUCAAUACACAUGCUACUCUACCGAUUAUGUCCCAGAUCGUUUUGUCUUUAAGGAUCAACCAGAUGAAAAUGAAGUAAGAUUGUGUUGCAAAGCAGGAAGUAUCGUACUGUUACAUUAUGAAAUUGUUCACAGAAGAAUGAAAAAUACUCUCACAGAUAGAUUCAUGAUGAAAUUCCAAUUUAGAAGAAGAAAUGCCCCAACUGAAAAGUCAUGGUGUUAUGACAUUGAGAAGGAAGAGUAUGCAAACUUGCCAAGUCCCAAUUAUGAACAAGUUCCACUAUUGGAAACAAACUUUGAUCCGAGUGUAGAACAAUAUGCAAGAGAAAUAUGGAAAUAUUUACAUUAUCAGAAAUAAUAACAUUACUCAUUCUUGGAUUCUUAUAAGAAUUGGGGCAACCGUGGAUUCGGAUUUAACUUUUGAGUUAAUUGGGAAAACAAGCAUAAAUCAACAAUGUAUGGAGUAAAGAACGUGAACUAAUGAACUAGUUACAUAUUAUGC